AAAAAAGUCACGAACUGAUUGGCAGUGGCAGAUAACAUUUUUAUUACAUGAUUCUCAUUUCGAAAUAUAUUUUAAAUAGUAUAUUUUUAAAGAGGAAAAACAUGGGAUGUUGUGACGGAUUGUCAAAAUGUUUUCUUAUCACAUUUGGAAUACUUUUCUUGAUAUUCGGUGCUGCGUGUUUGGGUGGCGGAAUCUAUGUCCUUGUGGCUAAAAAUGAUAUUCUGAUAUUGGCUCGUAGCGCCACUGAUGGAGCUGUAGACACCAUUGAUGCACCAUCUUUGAUAGAAAGGGCUGCCCAUGUCUUAAUUGCCAUAGGUUCAUUCAUUUUAUGCAUAUCAUUUGUUGGAUGUUGUGGCGCAUGCCUGAAGAGCAAAUGCUUACUAAGAACAUACGUAAUUAUAGUUGGAUUGAUGAUUGUUUUGGAAGUGGCGGCUGCAAUACUGGCGGCAGUUUUCAUGACUAAGAUGGAGACAUACGCAAAAGAUAAUUUACAGACAAUGUUGAUUGACAACUACAUUGGUCCAUAUGCUACUUCUAAUGCUGUCAGCUUGGCAUUUGAUCUUGCCCAAAUACUGCUUGAUUGUUGUGGUGUGGUCAAUCGAACUGAAUAUGCUUCUAUAACCACAUGGAAUACAACAUAUGCGUAUGAUUCUGGCGGAGGUGUUUACAUCACAGCAAAUGCAACGAUACCUCUGACAUGUUGUCAGUUUAACAAUAAAGAUGCUUUCCCUGAUGAAAUGACAACUUUCAUAAAUUCUAUGGUGAACAACACAUGUCCAGUUACUCAAACUGGAGCGCAUACUACAGGAUGUUAUGAAGCACUUAAAGAAGAAUUCAGUAAAUAUUUCAACAUAAUGGUUGGUAUUGCAGCAGGGAUGGGUGGGUUACAGAUAAUUGGAUUUAUCUCAGCAUGUUGUCUGAUGAAAGAAGAUAGAAAGAAUAAAGAUAUUAUCUAAAUGUACAAAUACAAUGAAUUUUUAUCCAGCAUUUUCAUUUCAAUUAUGACUGUCCUAUGUUUAUAUUUUUUUCCUAGAGCAAAUCAAAAUUCAUAUAUAUAUUUAGUGAAAAAACAUCAUCUUUAUAGCGGAAAGUAGAGUUAAUGGAUAAAGUUCGUACUUUAUUUGGCCUUUUUAACUUUUUUGGAUUCGAGCGUCACUGAUGAGUCUUUUGUAGACGAAAAGCGCAUCUGGCGUUUACUAAAUUUAGUCCUGAUAUCUAUGAUGAGUUUAUUUUCAUUCUUCCUAAGAAGUUCCUGUAUGAAGUUAAUCUCAUAAUAAUAAAGAAACAAGUCGGCAAGAAGAGGGGCACAAUUUUUUCCAAUUGGAAUGCCGACAGUCUGUUGAAAAACACGUCCUCCGAACAUAAAAAAAUGUGUUGUUAAUCAAGAAAUUAAGCAUCUUAAUAAUGUCAGUUUUAGAGAAUUACUGUUUGAAUCAGAUUGAUCCCUUACAAAGUAGGAGUUAUCCCUGCCUACGACAAAAUACUUGUAUCUACGUUGGCCAUUUCUUUUUAUGAAACAAAGCAAUACAAACUCUUUCAAUUUGUCUUUUAGUUUGAAAUGUGGAAUACUCGUGUAAAGUGUAGAAAAGUCAAAUGUUUUAAUAUUAUUACAAGAUGAAAGAGAGUAAGAUUGUAUGUUCUCUAAAAUUUAUUUGGAAUUUUUACGUAUCUCCUCUAGAAUAGGCAGUUUCACAAUAACUUUAAAGCCCGUCUUUGAUUGCUGAUCAAAUAGAUGUUAAUAAUUAAGAAGAUGUUUC